AUGUUACCAUUGAAAGACAUGUUUUUUUUCCAGCGUUCUCAACAUGAAGGAGAGUCAUUUGACAACUUUGUCACUGACAUCAAACUCAAGGCAAAGACAUGUGAGUUUGAUUUGCUUAAAGAUUCCCUAAUAAAGGAUAGGAUAGUUGGUGGCAUAAGGAAUGAGAACACCCGAGCAAGACUUUUGAGAGAACCAGAUCUAGACCUUAACAAGGCAGAAAAUAUAUGUCGGGCAGCUGAGGCAACUGAAUGGCAGCUUAAGCUCAUGAAUGAAGAAAGUGGGGUACAAGUUGUGAAUUCAGCUACCAAUAACUUUAAAAGAACAAAAGGAAAUGUGAGUUGUAGCUAUUGUGGCAAGGAACACAAACCACGUCAGGGCCCAGCUUAUGGGGAAACCUGUCACAAAUGUCAUAAAAAAGGUCAUUAUUCGUCAUUGUGCAGAUCAAAGCCUGUAAGUAUAGUGAAGUCAGAAGGUCGAGAUGACUCCGUUGAGGAAACAUUUUUCAUCGGCAGUAUUGGCUCCCAUAGUCUAAGCAACGAAUGGAACUCACUCAUUACUGUUGAAAACAAACAAGUCACAUUCACGUUGGAUACUGGAGCACAAGUCAAUAUUCUCCCAUACAGAAUCUUCAAGCAAUUAAAAAGAUAG